AUGACUCUGGGCAUGUUAAUUGACAACCUGGACUUCUUGUAUUUCUCUUUCUACUGCGACGGCGGGGACCCCGGGGGCGCCUACACCAGGGUACGGUACCACGUGCGCCGCUGCAGGGAGGCGUCGUGUCCCGAAGUGUGCUCCCUGCCUCCACCACUCCGGCCCCUGUCUCCACCACGCCGACCACUGCCUCCACCACCCCGACCCCUGUCUCCACCACCCCGACCACUGUCUCCACCACGCCGACCCCUGUGUCAGCCACACCAAUUCCUGAGUCCUCUACCGCCACUCCUGCCAUCACUACCCCGACCACUGUCUCCACCACGCCGACCCCUGUGUCAACCACACCAAUUCCUGCGUCGUCCACCGCCACUCCUGCCAUCACCACCCGAUCCCUUCCUCCACCACGCCGACCCCUGCCUCCACCACCCCGAUUCCUGCCUCCACCUCCCGGCCCCUGUCUCCACCACACCGACCCCUGCCUCCACCACCCAGACAGGUAAUACUAGUGCCAUCACCCCUGCCCCAAGUGAUAAGGCCGAUGGCGUGAUGACCCCGGCCUCUAACCAUGAGGCACUUGCUCUGAGGGAACCCAGCGAGGCGGCCAGGGAACCCACUAAGAAGACUCUCCGCCGGCGGAUAAGGCGCAGCAGGGCGGCCAAGGAACCCACUAAGAAGACUCUCCGCCGGCGGACAAGGCGCAGCAGGGCGGCCAAUCGGCCCACACGGCACGCCCAGUGCAAGGACGCGCCUUACACCUGGACCGACGUGUUCCUUGACGGCACGGCGAUCUGUGCCGCCGUCGUGUCCGUCGUUCUGGUGUACUACAGGUGUUGGUGA